AUGGGUGACAAGGAUAGUUUGGUUGACAUCUGCCUUAGAGUGGGAGGUGCUUUUGUCCCUAAAAGAGUAACCAAAAACAGGCAGCUGCUGUGUUGGUGUGGUGGUUGGUGUUACUGGAAGAGGAAGGUUCAAGUAUCUAAGUUGGAUGUGCAUUUGAUUAGAACAGCUGCAAUUCAUGGUUUUGUUAAUGGUGAUAUGGAUGUGCCUAUGCAUUACAGCUGUUGGUAUAGGCAGAAGGGGAAAACCUUUAACACUGGGAAAAGGGAACUAGUUAACAGUGAAGAGGUUAAGGGCCUUUUGGAGACAGUAAAUGAAGAGGGGUAUGUUGAGGUUUUUGUAACAACAGAAGCUCCUAGUCAGCCCAUACAAGAGGCCCAACCCAAUCCUGCAAAGACAAAAAAAAAGGAUAAGAAGGUAGAAAGUUCAAAUACAUCGACUAUUAGGAGGAGCCCUAGGUUUAAGAAGACAGAAACUGAACAAAGGGAGGAGAGUCCACCUAGGAAAGCCUCAGCUAAUGCUAAAGUGUUGAGGUUUGAUGAAGAAAAGGAUGAUGGAUGUGAAGGAUCUGGUUAUUCAAGUUCAGAUUUGAGUGAUGAGGGACAAGAUUGGGAACCUGGUGAAGAAGAAUUUGAUGAAGGGGAUGAGGAAUGGUAUAUUGAAGGGUCAAAGGAGAUCUUGGCCAAAGUGAACAAGAGCCUUAGGAAAGGUUUGGAGAGUGCAGUAGAUGACAGGGUUGGCAAAGAUAAGAGAGUGUUGGGAACAUGUUACCAUUGGGAACUCACUGGCAUUCCAUGUGUUCAUGCUUAUGCCUGCAUAUUGGAUAUGAGGGGUGACAUAGAGGCUGUUGUUGACCCAUACUAUACCAUGGACACAUACAGGUCUGCUUAUGAACCAGCUGUCCAACCAAUGCCUGGCCCAAAGCACUGGGAGAGAGUCAGAAUGAGGGAACCACUACCCCCUUCUGUUAAGGUGCAACCUGGGAGACCAAAGAGCAAAAAAAGGAAGCUUGAGCCAGGAGAAUGUUCUUCUUCAGGUGGUCAGGCAAGUACCAAGAGGAAGAAGCAAUGCAGCAACUGUGGGGGAUAUAGGCAUUAUGCCAAGACUUGCAAAGUACCUGCUGCACCAGCUACAGAGCUGAUAAAGUCAGCAGGCAGACCCCCACUGAACACUCCUUGGAUGGUGGAGGAGAGGAAGAAGAAAGAGAUUAGGGCUGCUAAAAAGAGUGCAAUUGGGGCUGGACCAAACAGCAUAGGAAACAAAAAGUUUCCUCAAGAGCAAGAAGGUUGUCUGCCAUUCAGCAAGCGCCCACAGCCACAGUCUUCCUCAGCUAAGCAUUCCUCAGCUCAGCCAUCCUCUAGUCAGCCAUCCUCAGCUCAGCCUUCCUCAAGUCAGCCUGCCUCAAGCCAACCAAAAAGAAAGACAAGGUCUUCCUCAAGUCAGCCUACAACAGCCACAGGUGUUGUAACAAGGGCCAGGCUGCAAUCCCUCAACAACCUUACUCAGUGAUGUACUCAUGCUGGAUAUCAAACAUUAUGUCUGUUGAACAAUUUCAAACUUUUAUUAUGUACUCAUGACUGGUUAUGUAACUUGCUAGUUUUUUAGUGGCUUCCCUUAACAAAUUUGAACAAUUAGAUAUUGAAUUGUAAUGGUUGCAUGGCUUUGAUUGCCAUUGAAACAUGUUGAAGUAA